AAAAAAAAAAAAAAAGUCCGGCAGCCACUAAACUGCCCCAUGCGCUUCCACUCAGUAGGUUUGGAUUAAUCACCGGGAAGUCGAUAAUAUUGAAACAUUAUGGAUAUUAUGAAAGCCUCGGGGAAAACACCAGCAGAAACACGAUGUGUUUAGUUUGUUCUCUGGCUUUUAAAACCAACCGCCGCUGCUGGACUCCCGUUGAGACACUUCUCAGCUACACAGAUGGACUAAGAGAUCCAGCCACCAUGGAGGUAUAAAUCCAAGUAGGACAUCUUUUAUUGGGUCUUGCUUUAGCAAGCUUUUCAAUGUGGGCGUUCACAGCUGGCAGUAAUUCCACUGACAUUGAAUGAUGGCAUCACGUUGGGUUCCAACUUUUGAAGAAGACGAGAGACAACAAGCAAGAUCCUCUUUCUGUGAGAAUGACUCUCCAGAAGUACGAGGCUUGGCCGAUUUUCCAGCAAUGCAGUACUCUACAGAAGAGGAGCCAUUCGCUUGGCCGAGGCCCAAAACGGUCAGAUUGUGUCGCACAUCCCAGGGGUUCGGCUUCACUUUGCGGCACUUCAUUGUGUACCCACCGGAGUCGAGCCUACACUGCUUCCCGGAAGAAGAUCGGGGCCGCAGAGGGAGGCAGAGAAACAGGUUGGAACCCAUGGACACUAUUUUUGUGAAACAAGUCAAGGAAGGAGGUCCCGCUCAUGAAGCUGGGCUUUGUACAGGUGAUCGAAUAGUGAAGGUGAAUGGGGCCAGCAUAAUCGGAAAAGCUUAUUCUGAGGUGAUAACAUUGAUUCAAGACAGUGGCGACUUUCUAGAGCUGUGUGUGAUGCCAAAAGAUGAAGAUAUACUGCAGCUGGCCUAUUCUCAGGAUGCCUACCUGCGUGGCUACACUAGCUACAGAGGAAAUGCUAGUCACAUCCCUAAUCCGCCCCCAGUAUGCUACCCCAGAGUAGACUGUAAGCCCACGGGCAUGGCCCAAGCGACAGACUCGUCGGGCCAGGUCUGCCGGGGCACUGCAUCUCUUGAUUAUGGGUAUCGUAAAGAAAUCACCGUGCCCCCAUCUCCUCCUCGUCAAUCAUAUUCUAAAAGCCAAACAGCUGUGUGCAUGCGCAACGAUAGCGUUAGGACUGUGGUGGUUCCUCCUAACUCUGCACACAUGGGACGCGUGGUUUCGGCUCAUAGGGUUGAUUUCAUGGACCCUGCCUACGUCAGGGGAAGACCUGGGUCGCUGGCUCAGUAUCCUUUCCCUCGAAAGGCUGAUGUCUAUCCCAGUGGUCCAGGAAUGGGUCCCUUUGCAGGUCAAGCACCUAAUUACCCAGGCAACCAUCAGAACAUUGAUUGGCGCACUUACCAGACAUAUAGAGAGUACAUUGACAACAAAGGCAUCCAUUCCCAUGGAAGUAGGACAAUUCAGGAGAGAUUGGACAAUUUGCGAACUGCAGGUCAGGCCUCGUUUUCCGCUGCUCCUCACAUUCCCAGGGGAGACUGGGCUCCUAAAGGGAUACGGCGCAGGAGCACCUCCCACGAACGGUCAUACCACGGACCUCCACCCCACUUCCAGGUUGCCCCUCGUAGUGCUUCACAAGACCGAACAAAAAAUUCGGAGAGAAUGAGUAAUGCAAGGAACUGGCCCCCUCGAAGCGUAUCCCAAGAUGCCCUCAUGUUGAAAGCUCGGGCUCAUUCCAUAGACUAUGUUGAACCUGUAGAGCUGGCUCGACCCACUGAUAGGAGAGCAGGUUAUCCAAGGGCAGACCAAGGUACAAGGCCGAGCAGGCAGCCCAUGCCAAGUAAUGCUAUGCCCUACAGACCAUCAACUGGACACCCAGGUGGCAUAAGAGGACCACCAAACCCUUCUUUAUACUCUAAAGGACCAGAUUCUCUUCAGACUCGCUCCUCACCCAUUCUGUCCGCCACGCUUUAUGGGAAGAGUGCUGAACAUUCAAUUACUGACCAAAAAGUUUCAGUGAAAGGACACUAUAUAGGCCAAAUUAUCCAACAAUCUCAGAACAGGAUGCGGUCUGAAACCAUGCCACCCUCUGAGGCAGGCAGAGAUGCAGCAGUAGGAGGAGUCGGGUCUUCACCAUUCUCUGCUAGGAGAGAGAAGCCUCAGAGGCCUGGCAUCCUUAAAACAGCCCAACAAGAAUCCCCAAGUCAGGUCAAUGGUCAAACCCCUACAGAGAGUGGGGUGGUUCUGAGGGAGAAACCUCACGGUGGAAAGAACCCCAGCCCUCUGCGGCACCCCUCCUACAUCUUGGCCGUAAAUGAAGAAGGAGCGGACUCCACACCAGACGUCUCGGUUUGCUGGCUCCCUAAUGAUGCUCGUCGAGAGAUGCACAUGCGCCGCCUUGAGGAACAGCGCCACACCUCUUGCUCAAGCAACUUGGAUGAGUCCCUGGACUCCAUUCCAUUCAUUGAUGAGCCAGUCAGCCCCAGUGUUGACCGAGAGGCUGCUCCCAUUCCCCCCUCUGCUGUGAUAUCUGUUGCACCAUCCAUAGCCACAGCACCCUCCAGUCAAGGCUCACCAUGUCCUACUAUUCGUCGACAAUUGUCACAUGACCAAGAGUCUCUGCGGAGUGCUUUGUUGGACUCGGACACUGCUAGUAAAACAGAGCGGUCCAAGUCUUACGACGAGGGUCUGGAUACUUACCAGGAGGAGAGAAGAGGUUCUUCAAGCAAGCAUAUGUCAAGUUUCAGAGGCCUGAGAAAGACUCUGGAUGGACAUAGACCCGAUUCUGGAUCUCGUAGGGACUCCUCUUUAGAUGUAUUUGCCGAUUCCUCCAAAGAAGGUUUUCUUAACUUCAGGCAACUUGGCACAGAAAAGAACAAGCGAGUCGGUGGGGGAAUGAGAUCCUGGAAACAAAUGUAUGCUGUUUUACAAGGCCAUACCCUGACCCUCUACAAGGACAAGAAGGAAGCUCUUUCUCAGGCUGCAUCGCAGCCUUACGAGGACCCACUCCGAAUUAGCAUCAAGGCCUGUCUGAUUGACAUCUCCUACAGCGAAACAAGACGCAAGAAUGUGUUCAGACUAACCACCUCAGACUGCGAGUAUCUGUUCCAGGCAGAGGGGAGGGAAGACAUGCUUGCAUGGAUCCGAUUCAUCCAGGAAAACAGUAACCCGGAUGAGGAGAAUGCCUCUGUCACCAGCCAGGAUUUGAUUAGUAGAAAGAUCAAAGAAUACAACAUGAUGAGCGCUCCCAGCAGCAGAUCAGAACCCUCCCCGAAAUCCUCUCGCCAGUCACUCAGCAUCAAGCAAGCCUUCCUGGGAGGUAAAGCAGAGGGCCGGAGCCACAGCUCCCAUUCGCCCAGAACGGGAGAUGAGCGAAGGGCGCUGAAAGAGGAUUCAAGUCCACCUCGAGACAGGGGAGCUUGGAAAAUCGGCAUAGCUGGGAUUAUGAAAAAACCAUUUGAAAAAAAGCAAGCUGGCAUCACUUUUGGUGUCAGGCUUGAAGAUUGUCCACCUGCUCAAAUUAACAGGUUUGUUCCUCUGCUGGUGGAGGUGUGCUGUAAGGUCGUUGAGGAGCGUGGACUUGAAUACACGGGAAUCUACCGAGUUCCUGGAAACAACGCAGCAAUCUCUAGCAUGCAGGAGGAACUCGACACCAAAGGCAUGGGUGACAUUGACAUCCAGGAAGAUAAAUGGAGGGACCUCAAUGUCAUCAGCAGUCUGUUAAAAUCAUUCUUCCGAAAACUUCCAGAUCCUCUGUUUACAAAUGAAAAAUAUGAUAAAUUUAUUGAAGCCAGCAGGACAGAAGACUCAGUGGAGAGACUAAAGGAGCUCAAGAGGCUGAUCUAUGAAUUACCCACUCAUCACUUUGAAACUCUGAAAUUCCUUUGCGCUCACCUAAAAAGAGUUUCUGACAACUGUGAACAGAACAAGAUGGAGCCUCGCAACUUGGCAAUCGUAUUCGGCCCGACAUUGGUCAAAACGACAGAGGACAACAUGACCAACAUGGUCAAUCACAUGCCCGACCAGUGCAAGAUUGUGGAGAACCUCAUUCUGCAGUUCGACUGGUUCUUUAUGGAAGAUAGCAAUGAGGACCCUGUUACGGCCUCUGAGCAGGAAAACACAGUGCAGUCUCAACCUGUGCCCAAUAUUGGCCACCUGCUCACUAACAUUAGCCGAGUUCCUGCCUCCCCUGGUGAAGUUUCAGACCCAGCAUGUCCUGACUCCAAUAAAUCCAAGGGCUUGUGGAUUUCAGGGAAUCAGUGUAGCAAGGAAAUGCUGCGCUCCUCCAUCUUUGCCAACCGGAAACGCAAGAAAAAUAAAGAAAAACCUCAACUUAGCAGUUCAGAUGAUGACCUGGAUUCUGGUUUUAACAAAAAGGAGCUUGCAAAGGAGGGGCAGCAGCCUCUGUGGUCCCAGGACAGCCAGACGGAGGACGACGGCCUGACGGAUGAAGCCGGGGAUAAAGACAAGCACAAGAAGAGCUCAGAGGACCUGCUGGACGAACCUGUCGGGAAACAAUCAGAAGCGUCUGCCUCCCUCCAUUCAGAGCACAUUUCUUCCAGCCUUCAGGGGCCGCCGUACGCCUCUCCUUCCAGUUCCCCAAACCUCAACUACCGCAUGCCGACGACUCAUCAGUCAUCCCUGUCAGACCCGCCUUCCAACUACGAUGACACAGUGUCGGACCUCGGUACGAUGAACAGCACCAGCUCUCAGGCUUCGGUGCCCAGAGUGAGGCGCAACAAAAAUGCACCUGUGGGUGCAGAUGGAUGUCCUGGAGGACUGGGAGCAGAGGUCUGCUCCAUCACCUCAGAUUACUCCACCACCUCCUCCAUGACAUUCCUGACCGGAGCUGAGACCAGUACGCUCAGUCCUGAAGUGCAGUCUGUGUCGGAGAGCAGAGGGGGGGAAGAUGCAGAUGACGAGAGGAGCGAGCUCAUCAGCGAGGGGCGGGCUAUGGAGACGGACAGCGAGAGCGACCUGUCGGUGUUCACCAUUGGGAAAGCUGAAAUGAGGGAACCUUUAGAGGCUCCCAGACUGCUCCCAUCGCAGAGGCUCAUUGAAUGCGACACGCUGUCCAGAAAGAAAGCUAGCAAACAGAAAACUGAAAGUGAGUCCUCAUUGGACGGCGCUCGUGGCGAAAAAGACCCCAACAGAUUAUCCCAGGUGGUGGGUUCAGCUAAAGGUCGCUCCACUGGGAGUCUUAGCUCGUCGUCGAGGAGCGAACUGGAUAAAAUGGAGCCAGCGUGGAAACUGAAGAUCACAGAUCGACUAAAGGUGCGUCUGCGAACGUCUGUGGACGACAUGUUCGGCGUGGGCAGCCAGAGGAGCCGCUCCCCGGAGGGUCGCAGUAAGAAAAAGAACAUCAGACGCAGGCAUACCAUGGGCGGGCAGAGGGACUUUGCCGAGUUGUCUGUUCUGGGGGAUUGGUCACAGCCUGUCGGCGCACGCUCUGAACUGUCAGCCGUAGACCGGCUUAAACCAAAGUGCAGCUCUCAGGACUUUUCCAUCGGCGACUGGAUUGCCCGCGAGCGCCACCGCACCAGCAACCCAGAGGUCAGCCUGGACCUCUCAGAGCAGCUCGGGGCGACAUGCAGCACGAACUCCCAGAACUCCGAGGCCUCGUCAUCCUCCGAAAUGGUGCGUCAUCCUGUCGAGGCGUUAAACGGUGAACUCUCACAGAGUAAAAAUCUGAGCCUGUCAGCCACCGCUCACCCUCAUAAACUCACGAGCUCCCAGGUGGUCCAUUCGCGCUUCUACCAAUACCUGUGACAGGUGUGUGUGUGUGUGGGAUGUAUUUCUGUCUCUAUAUCCUCUGUCAUGUGACCAAUGUCGGCGAAUGAGCAUGUUUACAAACGGUGUCCGGAGUGUGUCUUUUACCUGGUGUGAGUGCGUUAUGAAAACAGAUGAAUCUUUUAUCUACCCCCUGAACAAGGCAUGAAACAAACGUUUAUAACUUUUUUUAAUAAGUCAAAGUAAAGGACCUGUUGCUGAUGAAAUGUUGACCUGGGGAAGCGGGUUUAAGGAAGUUUAAAAGCUCUAAUGUCCAGCUGAGCCUAUAGGGAGGAUCUGACCUAGAAUAAUAGGAGGUACUUGAAUAAAAGUACAGAUUUUAGUAUUGCAGAGGAACUAUUUUUGUGUUGAGAAAGUUACGUUUAAAGUCAGCGAGGCUGUCGGUAACCAAAUGAAGAAUGUACAGACAUGCUUGCUGUAAUACUGACUAAAAGCUUUACAUGCUUGUUUUCAUUCGAAAGUGUACAUAUUCUUAUUUUUCUGUGUACUUGAAGUGUGUUUUUUGGUACAGCCUGUGUGCGACUGACUGCCUACAAGCUCUCUGCUGUUAACGGGGCCUUUCAGAAGGUAUAAAAGUGACUGGAUUUAUGCAAACAGUUGAUACGGUUUAUCUUCAUCCUGCUGUGUGGUUUAGAAAAAAAAAAAACAAGGCGGCGCCCGUCAUUCCAUUGAUGUACGUGUUAAGUUGUGUUUUUAGACUUGAUGGUUUCUUCAUCUCUGAACGGAAGUGAAAUAAAAUGAAAAGGGUUGUUCAGGAAUAGAGACGUUUAAUUAUAAUAAGAAAGUGCCUCACAUAGAAAUGUAAAGGGUGCCAUACUGUCUUUGUUAAACAUGUUGCUGUGAAUGACGCUUUAUUUUUUUUAAAUCGUCCACUCAGUCUUUCUGCUGGUAACGAAAAAAACAAAAAAUGCAGAGCUUCCGUUCUUUAGGCAUUCCACUCUGGUCUUAAUGUUUUAUACAUCUUUAUCUUGUUUUUCAUCUCUUUGUUUUAACAGAACUUGAAUUUUAAAUAUUCAUCGGGAGAUUUAAAAAAAACAAAAAAAAAAACAAGAGUAAUUUAAAUGUACAUAUAAAUGCCAUGUUUUUAGCUGCUUUACUUUGCAUCUCCCAUCAAAUCGCAGGAUCCAAGUACAGUAUUGUGAAAAAACGAUGAUGAUGGUGAGUGUUGUGGGCAGUUUGGUACUUCUCUGUGGGGAGGAGUGGAUUUUUCAGGUGGAUUAUUUGUAUGAUUACAAUGUUCCUCAGAUUGUGAAGGAUGUGCACAGAUCCCUGAAACACUGGAAAUAAAUUUUCUCAAUGGUAGAAACU